AUGGUGCAAAGAAAGGUACCCUACAAGCUUGGUAUCCAAGCUGAUCAUGUUAAAUCCGAGAAGCGGUUGGGGAACCUGAAACCAAGUUCUUGUCAGCAUCAGGAUGGCAAGAAUAGAGGACCAGAUAUGAAGAAGAAAAUGAAAAGGUCAAGAUCAUUCAAGCUUUCUGAUAUUGAGAGCUUGAAAUCAUCAUCACCUUUGAGGAAAGCCAUGUCACAGCCUGGAAAGCCGCCUCCUCUCAAUGCUUCAACAACUGAAGCAACACCACAGAAGCAGCUUUUCGUCAAAGCAACUGAUGGUUCGCCAAAUUAUAUGAAGUCAACCAGCAGUUCCGAGGCAAGAAAGGAGCGAUCCCAGGUGAGUCCCUUGAAUACUCAAACUGGUUCAAAUGGUAAGAAACUGCAUCGUAGAAACUCGGGUAGUUCGAAAUUUCGUCCUGCUUCUAGUAACAAACCAUCAAGAACUUUAUCAAAGACAUCUAGUUUGAAGCUGGCGAGGACUCUCAGUUUUAAGCCAAUAAGAGGUACUGCGAAGAAAUGUUCUAGAGUAGCUAUUUGUGCAGAUGGGAGUACACAAACAGCUACCUGUUCUUCAACCCUGAAGGACUCGAAGUUUCCUCCAUACCUCAUGCUUAAUCCUGGGGGUACUGAAGCGGAGGGAACUUCUGUCAUGAAGGUCUGCCCAUAUACCUACUGCUCUCUUAACGGUCAUCAUCACAAACCUGUGCCUCCACUGAAGUGCUUCUUGAAGGCAAGGAGGCAUUCGUUGAAGGUCCAGAAGAGCAUAAAGUUGGAGGCUUUAUCCCCGCGUAGAGCCAGGCCAUCUGGUGAUGGAACAGAAGAAAUUCAUGGUGGACUGCUGGAUUUUUCUGAUGACAAACCUAUGAUACAAGAAGCUGGCAAGGAUUUCUUUGUUGAAAUCUACACAAAAAAUACAGAAGAUGGUGCUUUUUCUGGAGAACCUGAAGGAUGGAUUAACGAGUCCUGUUUUUAUGCUGGCCAUGAAGCAGCAGCUGAACAAGACAACAACAAUCAAGUUUUUGAGAGCUCGUCUGAUGAAUCACAAGAAUCAGAGAUUGAUUUUGAGGAAAAUUCCAAUAUAACCAAUGCAGCAGAGAUGGAUGUUGCAGUGGGCUUUGUCAUAGAAGAUGAAAAAGAUGGGGAUACAGACUGUUCAUCGACCUUGUCUGAAGAUGAAGCAAUCAUGGGAAGCUGUGACAAUAGGAGCGACAUUGAAAGGGAACGCCAAGCAAGUAUGGAGGAAGAUGAUGGCAUCUCUGAAGCAGCUGACAUGGAGUGGGAGGAGGGCCGACUUUCUACUUCAGAGGUCGAUACAGAAGCUGAUGACUUGAACAAGCCUGAUGAAGAUGAAUUUUGCACCAAAGUCGAGUGGACACCAGAAAUCAAGAAACUUGAUUGGCAUGAGGAUUCUGAGAUCAUUAUAUCAGAUGAUGUAGGCAGAAACUGCACAGAGGAAAUUCUAGCUGAUGAGGUACUGCAAGAACUCUUUGCAGAGGAAACUGCCUACAUUAAUGUGCAAUGGAGCGAUAGCAAUUCUGAAUCGGAUGGCAUACCCCACUAUUGGGAGAUUCUCGAAUCUAUCAAAGUGGAAGGGGACUUAGCAUAUGAUCAACCUUCGGCAGUUGAAGAUGCAUCUGAGGCACUAAAAACCGAGGAGGAGAAAGAUAAAGAAGCUGAGAGAUAUCUGAUUGAUGCUGUGACCACUGCAGCUUCAUUGUGGGAACCAAAAGGAACCAGGGAGAAAAUUCAAGGUGAUGGAGUUCAUGAAACAGAGAAUUCUCAACUUGCCAUUGCUGAACUCCCUGAUGCUGAAGCUGGAGAUGCAGCAGAAGAUCGAGAGCAAGUUGCCAAUGCUGAAUUGCCAUUUGAAAUCCAUGUUUCAGAUUCACCUCAGAGUUUUUCUGAAGUUGAUCAAGAUGAUGCUACACUAAAUGCCGAUGGAAACCACAUGACAACUGAAGCUUGCAAGCUUGAUAUAACCGCUGAAGACUGCAGUUCAAGUCAAGAUCUUGUUGAUGACGGCACUCCAACUGAGCCUCUUGACCGCCAACUGGGUGAGCAGGAUGAGACAAAUAGUGUUCUUGAGAGCCAGAGCUUAUUCGAGGAAGAUCAAGAUGAAGCUAACAGGAUCAAAAUCCUAACUGCCAUGGAUUCGGAGGAUCUGAGUGGUUCAAGAAUGCAUAAAAUCAAUUCAAUUGGAGAUGAUACAGGAGAAAUUGAGAAUACAGAAGUGGAAGUUUGUAACGAUUCAGCUACAGCAGAAACCCUCCUCUCUGCCAAUGAUGGAACCAGCACAGGAUCAAAACGUCUAUUUGUAUACACGAGAGCCAAUCCCGAGCAAGAACUUCAUGAUACCUGCAACAAAAGGAAAUGGACAAUUGGAGACAAGAAACCCAUCAAAGACUUGGAGGAAGAGAGAGAAUUCAAUCCAAGAGAACCAAAUUUCCUUCCCAUUGUUCCUGAUCCAGAGGCAGAAAGGGUCGAUCUCAGGCAUCAGACGAUGGAUGACAGGAAAAAUUCCGAGGAAUGGAUGCUUGAUUAUGCACUACAACAGACUGUCACUAAACUUGCUCCAGCUAGGAAGAAGAAGGUGGCACUACUUGUUGAAGCUUUUGAAAAAGUCUUGCCAACACCAAAAUAUGAAACUCGUAACAGGCAUACAUCAGCAGCAUUAUCUCACACAAGACCGAUUCAAGCUUGUAGCUGA